AGAUGAGGGUUCGGGUGGAGGGGUGAGAUGUCAUGGUGGACGGAGGGUUUGGGGGGCAGAGGAGGUAGGGAUAAUUGUGUUGAGGGAGGUAAAAGGGAAAUUUGGGACUGAGGGGAGGGGGAAUGGGCACAGAAGGUCAAAUGCAGUUAGGGUGAUUGGGUGGAAGAGGGAUGUGCGGGGAGGGGCUGAAAGGCAGGAUAUUUUUAGGACGACAAAGGGGGAAGCAGAUAACUUAUGGUCCAUUCCGGUGAAGCAAGAAUUCCAGAUGAAUGCUGCAUUUUGGCCAUUAUGAAUCCUGUGCUGGUGAUCUGGCUCGUUCAGGCUGUGGCACAGGCUGCUAUGGAGGGCAGAAUCACUGCGAAUUCUAUACGACUGCUGCAACCAGAGGGAACCGACGUCAAAUUGCCGUGUCUCAUCGAGAGUGGCUCCACUGGCUACACUGGUUUGAGAUUGGAGAGAGAGGAGAAGCGUGACGAAUUGAGCUACAUUCCAACGAACAGCGAUAGUUUUACGCUCCGUAAUGUAACUCCAAACGACAGUGGCUGGUAUGUCUGCAAGGCAGAAUUUGGUGGGAGAACAAAGACCUCUAAGCCAAUUCGACUGGACAUCUACAGAGUGCCUCGCCAUGCUCCCAAGGUCUUCGUGAAACUCAACUCUCCUUUCUGCUUGGUUGGGGAACCCUUCUGGGCUGAGUGCAUCGGCCGCAAUGUAGACAUGAAAUUCAAUGUCGAAUGGAACAUUUCAAACUCUGCGCUCUUUGUCCACACCAAUUCUUCUGAUGUCGAUAAAACGGGCGCCAUCAAGACAUUGCGUGUCUCGGCUGCACAGACUGAGCUGAGACAGGCUGGCAACUUCACCUGCAUCGCAUCAAGCCACUUGGGCAAGGCCCAGUCUGGAGCAACACUCACAGUCCUGGAGAAGGGCUUUCUGAGGCUGUCGCAAUUGGGCGAAGACCACAAGACGGAGCUGGCGCCUGGAGAGGACGUCUCCCUGACGGUGCAGAUGGACGCGUACCCAGCUCCCACGGCCUGUGCUUGGAGCCACAUGAACCGGACACUGAGCGAGGAUUGCGGGGACGGGCGCUUGGUGUCCCUGCUGGUGCGGGACGUCAGAGGGCCCCAGUCUGGAAUCUACUCGUUCUAUGCCAGUCACCGCUACGAGCACGCCAACAUCUCCUUCCCAAUAUUUGUCACCGAGCGUCCUCGUGAUGUGAGUCUCAAGGUGGUCGGGGAGAACACUGCCGAGUGUACGGCAUGGGGACAUCCUCUCCCCAACAUCUCCUGGAUCAUCUGUGAGGGCCUGCAUAAUAAUGGGUGUUCAGGCAGAACCGGUCCCUCUCCACUGGAAGCAGAUGUGAGCCACGAGCGUGCAGGCCUCACCGUGGCUCGUUCUCAAGUGACUCUACCUUCUUUUUCGGGCAACCUUACACUCAUGUGCCACGCGCACAACCAACUGGGCGAGGCCAACGCGUCGUUAUCCGUGGCUCUGCAUGUGGGCAGAUUUCAGGGAGUUGUGGCACCAGCUGCGGCAGGAAUGCGCUCAGUGCUGGAGUUGUCGAUCGCCUCGGGCAUAGCUGUGGUGCUGCUGGUCGCGUCUGCUGUGAUCGCCUUCAAAUACAGACAACGGCCGAGAUACGAGAUCCGCUGGAAGAUUGUGGAUGGGAGUACGGAAGGAAACCCUUACACCUUUCUGGACCCAGCCCAGCUGUCGUACGACCCCCGCUGGGAGCUACCCAGAGAUGCGCUCCAGUUUGGUGUGACCCUGGGCUCGGGAGCAUUCGGCCAGGUCGUAGAGGCCCACAUUCACUGCCUGGAAGCGUCGGACGAGCAGCCCGUGAAGGUGGCCGUCAAGAUGCUGAAAGCCACAGCACAUUCCUCAGAGAUGGAGGCCCUGGUGUGUGAACUGAAGAUCAUGAGCCACCUGGGAUAUCACCUCAACGUCGUCAACCUCAUCGGCGCAUGUACUAUUGGAGGGCCAGUUUUCAUCGUCACAGAAUACUGCCCCCAUGGGGACCUCCUGAACUUUCUGCGUCGCAAGCGGACAAGUUUUUCCAUCUACAACGGCGAAGACACUGACAAGGACGAGCCCUACAAGAACAUCAAGUCUAUCACCAAUGGGAGCACAAAAGAGAGUGAAUAUUUGUCGGCUCGUGAUCUGCCCAGGGCAUUGGCUCAAGAUAGCCUUAUUGGUGGCGAUGGUGGUGAUGACAUUGAAGAGGAUCGUUCCCUUGAGCUCAGAGAUCUCAAGAGCUUUGCUCACCAAGUUGCACUGGGAAUGGCCUUCCUCGCCUCAAGACACUGUGUGCACAGGGACUUGGCUGCCCGUAAUGUCCUGGUGUCGACCGCUCACGUCGUCAAAAUCUGCGACUUUGGUCUUGCACGUGACAUCACUUGCGACGACAACUACAUCACCCGGGGAAAUACCCGCUUACCUGUGAAGUGGAUGGCCCCAGAGAGCAUCUUCCACAGCCUCUACACCUCCCAGAGUGAUGUGUGGUCAUAUGGUGUUCUGCUGUGGGAGAUCUUCUCUCUUGGUGAAAACCCUUACCCAGACAUAGCUGUGGAUGGGAAAUUCUACAGGAUGAUUCGUGAUGGAUACCGCAUGGAUGCUCCCGAGUUCGCCACAUGCAAUGUCUACCAAGUGAUGCUGGACUGCUGGAGUGGUGACCAGGAAAAUAGACCCAUGUUUAAUCAGCUCGCACAGCUCAUGAGCGGGCUGUAGUCAAGUCCAAGAUACUUGAGGCAUGAAGUCACACUGUGUCUAUCCCCUCUCUGUGAAGUGUAUUCAUGAGCACUUAACCAUAGCCUUUUCGCUCCCUGCCUUGUAAACGUCUACCCCUUAUGCCCCCCCUAACACCCACGUGCUUACGCUUUUAUGGCAUUGUAGGGCUUAUAUACCCACAAUGUAGUAGUUCUUGAAUAUUGUUUACUUCAGGAUGUAAUGAUUGGAUUUUAUUUUCGUGUUUGAUGUUCGAGACUAGUCCUUGGUCUCCAGGCUGGCGACAGGACAUUUUCUCAGGUCUUGUCCUUUUAUGCUUUUUUUAACCAGGAAAACCUCACUGAGUCUCAUGUUUAUUUUUCAGUAGGCUCCUGCAAAGUUUUCGCACUGGUGUGGUGAUUUUUGGUUUGUAGAUUCCAAUUGAGUAAUUUGCGAGUAAUUGUUCAUCUUUGGAAAAUUUGGAUCGUCAUACCGGCACAAAAUGAACAAUUUUUGCAAAUUAUGUCAGAGGAUCUUAAAAAUCCUUUGUGAAGCAGAUAGUGUGUAUGUUCAUGGUUAAUACACCUCAGGGACGUGCGGUCAGGGGAGGCAGGGGAGGCAGAGCCUCAACCUGUCAUACUCCAAAGAAAAUAACUGUUAU